AUGCCUCAGUUACUGCGAAACAUUAAUGGAAUCGUUGAGGCCUUCGGACGCUAUGCCAGGACAGAGGGCGACUGCACAGUGCUCACCAGGGGGGAGCUGAAGAGGCUUCUGGAGAAUGAGUUUGCAGAUGCCAUCGUGAAACCCCACGAUCCUGCCACGGUGGAUGAAGUCCUGCGUCUGCUGGAUGAAGAUCACACAGGGACUGUAGACUUCAAGGAAUUCCUAGUCUUGGUGUUUAAAGUUGCCCAGGCCUGUUUCAAGACACUGAGUGAGGGUCCUGGAGGUGCUUGUAGAUCUCAAGCAUCUGGAAGCAGCCACUCUGGGUCCUCAAAAUUGCUGCAGGAAAGUCAGAGGAGCAGCACUGAAGUAGGGAGGGAUGAGAGAUGGCAGCAUCAUGAGGGGAGCAGCUAUGAACAGAUGGAGCAGGCUUCUAGAGGGCAGGACAGGCCUGGAACUCAGUACCAGAGAGAGGAGAGGGCGAGCCGGCAGACUCAAGCCAGGGGGCACAUGGAGCAGACCCAGAGAACAGGAGAUGAUAAGAGUCACCAAGACAGAGAGGGGAGGAGAGAAAGGCAGUCACACGUGGGAGGACACACAAAUGAGAGUACAACUAGAACUGCAAUUCAAACGCAGAGAGGUACAUCCCAGACUCUGGAGAAGGACAGGCACCAUCACACAGGAAGGACCAAUGUCCAAAUCCAGGAGUCCACCCAUGGCCAGACCAGAGGGAAUGAGACACAUGGUCAAAACAGGAGUCAAAACAGCCAGGCUGUAGCAGGCGGGCACAUGGAGGCAGGGUCAUAUACUCAGACACACACUCAGACCAUAGAGCAGAGACAGACAGGAAACACUGGCAUCCACACCCAGGAGCCCAUCUAUGGUCAGACCAGUGGAACUGAGACUUACGUUCAUGAUAGGAGGCAGACCAGCCAAGUUGUGACAGGAGGAUACAUCCCAACACAGGCAGGGUCACAGACUCAGACACACACCCAAGUCAUGGAGCAGGACAGAAGUCAUCAGACAGGAAACACCAAUAACCAGACCCAGGGGUUCACCUGUGGCCAGACCAGAGGAACUGGGGGCCAUGGUCAAGACUGGAGCCAGACCAGCCAAGUUGUAACAGGAGGACACAUCCCAACACAGGCAGGGUCAUAUACUUGGACACACACUCAGACCGUGGAGCAUGGCAGAAACCAUCAGACAGGAAGCACAGGCAUACAAACACAAGAGUCCACCUGUGGCCAAACAAGAGGAACCGAGAGCCAGAGUCAAGACUGGAGCCAGACGAGCCAGACUAUGACAGGACACAAUCAGACGCAGACUGGGCCACAUACUCAAACACACACCCAGACUAUGGAUCAGGAUAGGAGCCAUCAAACAGGAAGUACCAGCUUUCAGACAGAGGAGUCCACAUGUGACCCAUCCAGGGGGAGAGAGGUUCACAGUCAAGACAUGAGUCAGACCAACCAGGCUAGGACAGAAGGACACAUCCAGACCCAAGCAACAUCACAAACCCAGACUGUGGGGCAGGGCUGGAGCCAGAGUGUAAGCCAUGCAGGGGCUAGCGGACAGGGACAGACCCAGAUGCAGACAAGUAGCAGUCAAACCCAGAUACCAGUGGGCAACUAUGACCCAGGAAAGCCAGGAUCAGGCAGUCAGGACCAGACUGGAGCCAGAUCUGAGACCGGAAGGCAGAACUGGAGCAACCCUCAUGCCAGUGGGACAGGAAGACAGAAUGAGCAAGACACAGAGUUUAGAGGGGAGUGGGUCGAUGACCACACAAGGGAGAUAGUGAUCCGAAGUCAGGACCAGGGCAGCCUGCAUUCUGAGCAUCCUUCAGCACAGGUCAGGAUUCAGCCUAGUCAGAAGUAA